AUGAGCCUCCUGGCUGCGCAGCCGGCGGGCUACAGCACGUUCGCGCCGGCGCCGCUGAGCGCGGGCGGCAGUCGUCGGCCCAAGGCGUCCUGGCUCUCGCGCCUCUUUCUCGCGUGGUGCGCCCCGAUCUUGUCGCUCGGCAAUGACAAGCAGCUCGACCUCGACGAUACGUGGAAGCUCGAGCCGGAGGACACGUGCAGCGCUGCCGUUGCGCAGCUCAAGCAGCACUGGACAAGCUCCGGGUCGCUCGUGCUUGCGUUUGUGCGCUGCUACGGCGGCGUGUACGCCUGCGUCGGUCUCGUGCUCGCGAUCGCCUACGGCUGUGACCUCGCCGGGCCCUUGAUCCUCAACGAGGUCGUCACGCUCAUGUCAGCGCCAGGUAGUGACACAACCUUGAUUUGGAAGUGGCUCGCCGUGCUCUUUGGCUCGCGCGUGCUCAAGGCCCUCCUUUUUGCGCACGUGUAUGCGACGACGCAGGUCGUUGCGAUGCGCUUCACAGCGGCGCUCAAGAGCCUCCUGUUCCAGAAGGCGCUGCGCCUUAGCACCGAGUCGCGUAGCACGGGCGACCUCGUCAACCUGUAUACGACCGACGUCUCGAAUCUCCUUCUCGCGGCCUACUACGUCCAUGAACUCUGGAUUCUGCCGGUCGAGAUUGGCGUCGCGCUCUAUUGUCUCUACGACAUUCUGGGUCCUGCGACGUGGGCCGGCGUCAGCGUCAUUCUGCUCGUGCUCUGCGUCAACCACGUGCUCGCCAAGGUCAUGGCGACCGCGUUCGAGGGCAUCAUGCGUCUCAAGGACGAGCGCAUGGCGCGUAUCCACGAAGCCUUUGGCGCCAUUCAGACCGUCAAGCUGCACGCGUGGGAGGACAAGGUCGCGGCCAAGCUCCACGGGAUUCGCGAGCGGGAGCUCGCCUUCAUUUGGCGCUACCUGCUUGUGGGCGCGUUCAACAUUUUUGCGCUCUGGGGCGCGCCCAUGGCGGUCUCGACGGCCACGUUUGCUGUCUACGCGCUCUACUUGCAGCACCCAUUGUCGGCCGCCAGCGUCUUUACAGCCCUCGCGCUCUUCCGCCUCAUGCAAGAGCCGCUGCGGUCGUUCCCCAAGAUCAUCACAGGCAUGAUCCAAGCGCGGGUGUCGCUGCAGCGUCUCCGGACGUUCUAUACCCUUCCAGAACGACUGCCCGAGGCGACGGCGACGACGCCGGCGGCCCCCGACGUCGCGAUUGCGCUCUGCGAUGCUACGUUUGCGUGGUCUCGAACCGGCGACGCGCUCUUUCGCAGCCUCUCGCUCGACGUCAAGCAAGGCGACUUGGUCGUUUUGCACGGCAAAGUCGGCAGCGGCAAGUCGUCGCUGCUCGCAGCGCUCCUCGGGGACAUGGAGCGUCGCGCGGGCUCGUUGUACCUUGGUGGCUCGGUCGCCUACUGCUCCCAGACGCCGUGGAUCCAGCACAUGUCGAUCCGCGACAACAUUUGCUUUGGCGCAGCGUACGAGAAGAAGAAGUACCUCAAGGUCCUCGAGGCCUGCGGGCUCAUACCGGACCUCCAAGCGCUAUCGGCCGGCGACAAGACGGAGAUCGGCGCCAAGGGACUCAACCUGAGCGGCGGGCAGAAGGCUCGGGUCGCCCUCGCGCGCGCAUGCUACAGCGACGCCGAUAUCUUUCUCCUUGACGCGCCGCUCGCCGCCGUCGAUGCGGUCGUCGCUGCCGACAUCUUUCAAAAGUGCGUGCUCGGCCUCCUGCGCCACAAGACGCGCGUGCUCGUGACGUACAACACCGAGAUCAUUGGCUCCAAAGUCGUCGACAGCGUGCUCAAGCUCUGUGACGGCCAGCUUGUCCAGACGCGCACGAUCGACAAGACGCCGCUCGGACCGCCGCCGAUCUCACCGCUUCUUGGCGGCCGCGUUGGCUACCACCGCACGGCGUCCGAGAAGCUCCGAACCAACCCGUCGCUGUCGCCCUCGCCCGCCUUUGCGUCCGUCCAGCAGCUUGUCGAAGACGGGUUCGCGCCGCUCGUUGCCCGCGCCUCGUCGUUUGCUCGCGAGAGCGGCCAGCUCGUGCGCGACGAAGAGCGCCAGAACGGUCGCGUCUCCCGCCAUGUCUUUUUGAGCUACUUUCGGUCCAUGGGCGGGGUGGGAGUCUGCGUCUUCCUCAUCUUUGUCCAGUGCGCAUGGCAAGGGCUUCUGCAAGGAAGCGACUUCUUCCUCGCGUCCUGGACGGCCCAAGACGACUUGACGCAGCAAGAGAAUGCAACGAGGAAUGUCUCCUUGUAUGCAUGCCUCGCCCUCGGCAGCAGCGCACUCGUCCUCGUCCGCACGCUCACGGUCUCGAUCGGUGGCUUGCACGCCGCCCGCCACCUCUGCGCCGGCAUGACAACAUCGCUCUUGAGCGCGCCAAUGACAUUUUUCGACGCGACACCCGUGGGCCGCAUCCUGAACCGGUACAGCGACGACGUCUCCCGCGUCGACUUUCAGCUGCCAUUUGCGUUCGGGUCGCUCCUCGCGACGGGCUUCUCGGUGCUGUGCACGCUCGUAACCACGUGCAUCGUUGCGCAGUACGUUGGGCUCUCGAUUCUCCCGCUCUUGCUCGUCUACGGUCGUCUCGGCCUCUACUACCUGCAGCCCGCGCGCGAGCUGCAGCGGCUCCAAAAGGUGACCCAGUCGCCCGUCCUUGCGCACCUUGCCGAGUCCAGUGACGGGUGUGCGGUCAUUCGGGCCUUCCACGUCGCCGACCGAUUCACGCUUGAAAACGCCGCCAAAAUCGACGCCAACAACCGCACCGUCUACGCGAGCAUCGUCACCAACCAGUGGUUUGCCCUGCGCAUGCAGCUCCUCGGCGCGCUCGUCGUCCUCCUCUUGACGACGGGCUUGACGCUGCUAAAGGACUCACUGAGCCCCGGUGUGAUUGGUCUCGCGUUCAACUACAGCCUCGCCAUCGACGCCGGCCUCGAGGGCCUCAUCCAAGUGUGGUCGUGGCUCGAGACCUCCAUGGUGAGCCCCGAACGCCUCCAGGAGUACGUCGACGUGCUGCCAGAGACGACGCGCGGGCCCGCCCUUGUCGUGCCCGAGCCGUCGUGGCCUCGAUUCGGCGACGUCGUGUUUGAAAACGUCUCGCUGCGCUACCCCCCAAGUAGCACCAACGUGCUCGUGGACGUGAGUUUUCGCAUCAAGGCGGGCGAAAAGGUCGGUGUCGUCGGGCGUACGGGGGCCGGCAAGUCGAGCGUCGCUUUGGCGCUCUUUCGCCUCUACCCGCUCGCAUCUGGUAGGAUCCUCCUCGACGGCGUCGAUGCCUCGACCGUCGACAUGCGCCUGCUUCGAAGCCGGCUCUCGAUCAUUACGCAGUCACCCAUUCUCUUCAAGGGCACGCUGCGUGGGUAUCUGGACCCAUUUGGCGACUGCUCGGACGACGACCUCUGGCGUGCGCUGGAGAAGGUUGAGCUCCGAUCUCGUGUCGCGUCGUACGCUGCGACCUUGGACGCGCCCUUGGAAGAGAAUGGUGAAAACCUCAGCGUCGGCGAGCGCCAAAUGCUCUGCAUGGCCCGCGCUCUCCUCUCGGACGCGCAGAUUGUCGUGCUGGACGAAGCCACGGCCUCGGUCGACGCCGAGACGGACGCCAAGCUCCAGCGCGUUCUCCGGUCCGAGUUCAAGGACGCCACCGUCCUUACGAUCGCGCAUCGCCUCGACACGGUCUUGGACGCCAACCGCAUCAUGGUGCUUGACGCCGGCCGCGUCGUGCAGUUUGGAUCACCCAUGAGCCUCAUCGCGCGCGGCGAGGGCCACUUCUACAACCUCGUCAAGGAAGGCGGCUACAUUGACCGCGUCGGCUCGUAG